ACUUUGCUGCAGCAGCCUUUUCAAGUCGCAUCUUUUCCUUGUUGUUGCCUCAAUUCUUUUAUUAUUAUCCUUUUUUUUUUUUAAACUUAGCAGAUAAAAGAGAAACCCAUUGAUAUUUUUGUUUCCAUGAUUGUUGAAAUAUCAUUGGUUCCUUGUAUUGGGAAUGGGACGCCACUGGUUUUAGUUGUUGCAUGUUCCCUUCCAAAUGAUGAAGGAUGAUACUUGGUUUGUAAUUUCAUUUCAUUAGAGUUUGAGUGCAUUAAUUCAUUCAAGAAUGGUUGCUUCCAUGGUUAGUCUACUGCUGUUUAUGCAAUUAUCAACAUUCUUCGCCUCAUCCAUCCAAGUGAAGUCCAAGAUUUGUGGCACAGAUCAUAUAGUUUAUUCAACUUCAAAUGGUCAUGAAUUGUUUUACUUGAACGGUGAUUUAGUAGAUAAAGUUUUGUUCUGCAAAACCCUGCAGUUACACUAUGCAGACGAGUGUGUGUUUGAAGGCUUCACUGCAACUAAUGACUGUGGUUCGAACCUUUCAUCCGGAAGAAAAAUAUUGAAGGAAACAGAGAAAGGAGAUGAUAGAGUCAGAACUCAUCCUGAUGAUAAGAAGUGGAAGCCUAAGAAACCAUUCAGAAAAUAUUCGGACGGGACAAUAAUAGGGAUAGGAGCAGCAGCUGGAACUCUUUUGAUAUGUUGUGUUUAUCUCUGUUGUUGUGUUUGUCGGAGAAAGAGAGCAACUGCCCACGCUGUUCUUACAAAGUAUACAAAUUCAAUUCGUUCUGCUUCUCAUUUGGAAAUGAAAACCCAUUCUCCUUCGGAAACCGUUAAUCCUUGGGUAUUGUCAACAUCUCCGAAACUUAAAAGAAUGGGAUCAUUGCAUCUCAGUAUAGAACAGGUAGCCAGAGCUACCCGUAAUUUCUCACCGGAGCUUCGGAUCGGUAAAGGAGGGUUUGGAACCGUUUACAGGGCCGUGUUAGAUUCUGGUCAGGUGGUUGCUAUUAAAAGAGCAAAGAAGGAACAUUUUGAGAAUCUGCAAACUGAGUUCAGUAAUGAAGUUGAACUUUUACCCAAGAUUGAUCAUAGGAACCUCGUGAAGCUACUUGGUUAUGUGGAUAGAAGGGAUGAACGGCUUAUUAUUACAGAAUAUGUACCAAAUGGCACGCUGAGAGAUCAUUUGGAUGGUCAGCGUGGCAAAAUCCUGGAUUUCAAUCAGCGUCUUGAAAUCGCCAUCGAUGUUGCUCAUGGCCUUACUUAUCUCCAUCUUUAUGCAGGGAAGCAAAUUAUUCACCGAGACGUGAAAUCAUCCAACAUACUUAUUACAGAAAGCAUGCGAGCUAAAGUGGCUGAUUUUGGAUUUGCAAAAGUUGGUCCAAUAGACUCGGACAAAACCCAUAUUUCAACUCAACUGAAAGGAACAGUUGGUUACCUUGAUCCCGAGUACAUGAAAUCUUAUCAACUCACAGCCAAGAGUGAUGUUUAUUCCUUUGGGAUUUUACUUAUAGAAAUUUUGACCUCCCGUCGUCCAGUGGAGUUAAGAAGACCAGUCGAAGAGCGUGUCACUCUUAUAUGGGCAUUCCAUAAGUAUAAUGAAGGGCAUAUAGCUGAACUGGUGGAUUGUAUGAUGGAAGAAGUUGUAGAUGCAAAUAUAUUAACCAAUAUAUUUGCUUUGGCAUUUCAAUGUGCAGCACCGACUAGAAAUGACCGACCUCAAAUGAAAUCUGUGGCAGAAGAGCUGUGGGGGAUAAGGGCCGACUAUCUUAAAAUUAGUUCAAGGCGAGGCUAGCACGAGAGACUAAACAGUACUAAAAUUCACCUUUAUUAGCUUUUUCUUCUGUCUUUUUGGUGUUGUUACCUUUCUUUUACCCCUAUUUUCAAGCUUACUGUAACAAUGAAGAGGAUUUGUAUAAUAUAUAUCACUUUCAAUUA